AUAGUAUCGAUUUUAAUACCAGCUCUAGGCGAUAGUGAAAAAAUUAAUUAACAAAAUAAUUUAAAGUGAUUUGGGUCAAAGCUGAAUCAAAUAAUGGCCACGAAAACAAGUACAAUUGAGCGCAACGGACAGUCGGCCAAAUCCUCCACGCUGCGGGAAAUUUGCGCGCGCGCCAUUACAAAAUCGGAGUGGGAGGACAAGGAGGAGUUUCUAGAUGUGAUAUACUGGUCGCGCCAGGUGUUCGGCAUCUUCCUGGGCGUCAUCUGGGGCAUAGUGCCGCUCAAGGGAUUCCUGGGCCUUGUUCUAUUCGCCGGCAUCAGCUGCGGAAUCGUCUACCUGUACGCCAUUAACUUCCAGAAUGUGGACGAAGACGCCUACGGCGGCGUAUGGGAACUGGUCAAGGAGGGCUUCAUGACGUCGUUCGCCGGAUUCCUGGUCACGUGGAUCAUCUUCUACACCGGCCUGCACUACGACACCAUAAUGGCGGCGAAAGUGUCCUAAUGGCACCUCCCGGCAAUAUCAAAUGCGAGGAGCCAUAUCUCGAUCCCCACCAUUUCCACAUAAGCUAGCCGACCCUCCUGUUUUUGACCCCUUCGAACUCGCUGUAGAUUGUUAAACUUUUAGCCAAUUACGUUCAUGUAAACGCAUUUCUCCGGUGGCCAGUUGUCCCAGAUCUUUCCGUGAAAGGUCCUCCGGCCAAUGGCCCUAGUUGAAAACAAAAGAUACUCUAUAUAUUUGUGUAUGUCCAGAAUGCAGAAUGCGAUGAAUCAA